AUGGAUUUCUUCACGGAAUGGGUUUGCCGGAUGUGUGAGGAAGAGUGGAGAACUUUCAUUGUGGUUGUGGUUGUGGUUGCGUUUCCCGACUGGGUUGGGGAGUUGGGGAGUUGGGGAGGGUGGUCUAUCGGUCGGUUUCUUUGGGGUGGGGAAUUGAGGUGGAUAUUUUGGUUUGGUUGGUACUACAUCGGUAAAGUUUUAGAAGCAUCUAAAAGAGGUUACACAGAAAUACAUUGGGCCGAUAUAAUGCGUGAGAUAAGAUCUGCUCCUGAUAUGCUUUAUGAUCGGAGUCUAAGUUAA